AUCUAGGUCCUCAGCAAUUCUGAGCAUUUCAACUAUUUCAAUUGCUGGGGCAUGCCCCGUCUAUGUAGCUAUGCGGUCUGUGGGGUAUAAAUAGGGCUGGAUUCAUUGACUGAACUUCAUUCAUGCUCUUGAGCUUGGACAAUUGAGAUAGACUAAGUCUGGUGUUACUUCUGUUUUUCUAUGCUUAAAAAAUAGCUGAUAACUGUGCUGACUUCAUUUAAAGCCAAGAGUUAUAAUAGUUGAUAUUCUACGUAGGGGAGAAACCUUCGCCAUGUUUUACUGUGCUGUAAUCUUCACCAUCUUGGCUAGCCUGGCUGCAUUUUACCCUGUGGUAUCUGGGCAUAGCCUUGGUGGACACCGAAUGGACAAAAGUAUGUAUCUAAAGCUAACUGACCGAUGGUAUCGUUGGCCAGAGAAGUGCCCAUUCUCCAAGGACUCUGGCUGCUCUUGCUUAGGAAGCAACCGCCAGAAGAAAGUUGUGUGUGAGGGUAAGGGUGUCACCACCCUCCCUAGCUUUACCCACCUGCCUGCCCUGAGUGAACUAGUUCUUAAGAACACUGCUCUUAAGGGGCUGACAAAAUCCACUUUUACCCAUGUCCGUGCCCAUGGUGUCACAAUUGAAGGUGGUGAUCUUGGAAAUCGCAUCCAGUUGGGAGCAUUAGAUGGACUUAAAUAUAGUUUGAGAACUCUGACCAUCAAGAAUGCUGCACUCACAACCCUUCCUCAGGGUCUGUUCAGGAAACUGAGACGUCUACGCCGCAUGAAAAUUGAAGGUAACCCUGACCUUAAAAUCCUCCCAGCUGGUAUUUUCAGUGGUCUGAGAAACCUGCAGUAUCUCUUCUUGGACAACAAUGGUCUUCGCACCCUCCCUCAGGAUAUUUUUUCCAGAAUGUCCAAACUCAAUGUAUUAUCUAUUGUUCGAAAUAGAUUGAGGAGACUAUCUGACAACACAUUCAGUGGACUGUCUCGCCUGGAGUCAUUAUUUUUAGAUGGGAAUGGACUGACCACUGUUCCUUCUGGACUGCUGAGAGCACUGCACGGACUGGUCAUUGUAUCCUUUAAAAACAACAAGAUAGCUAAAGUUGAGAGCAAGGCAUUUGAGGGACCUCUAAUGCUUCAGUGGCUGGACUUAUCUGAUAACCACUUGACCACUGUAAGCCCUUGUAUGUUCUCUGGACUGGACUCUGGGGUUGGUGUGAACCUUGAAAACAAUGCAAUCACUUGCAGCUGUGCAUUGCAGUGGUGGAGGGAUGUCAGGAACGUGUUCCCUAUGGGUGUGUGCCACGGACCUGGUGGUGCUGCAGGGAAAGAAUUGAUAGAGUUCUCUAAUCCUGCUUGUGAACUGAUAAUGGAGUCCACAGAGUUGCUCUGUUGAUAGUCUGCAGAAUGAUUCCGUAUAAUACACUGUAAAUACUGUACAUACUGUGUAAAUAGCAAAGUUUGUACAAAUUAAUGUGAAAAAGACAAUUGUUAAUUUAUUUGUGAAGAAUAAUUUGUGUACAUAUCUUAUAAUAUGUCUCUAUUUUAUUUUGUUCUUUAUGUGAUAUCAGGGUUAAACGGGACAUUUUUCAGGUUAAGGCUGAAUAACUACUGCAUUUAUGUGUCAUGUUUAAAACUACAUCUUAUUGCACUUAAAGAAUGAUUGGAUUUGAUGGUGCACAUCACAUGAGAUCACAUUAAAUUUUUUCUUGGUCAGUUAACAGUUAUUUCCGUUUAUGACUUCAACAUGUUGUGUGCCAGCUAGUUACACAGCAUGUGAAGUGGUUAACUAAAGUUUGUCAAAUGAGCAGUAGCAACCAACAACAUUAAGAGGAGACUUUCCAUAGUUAAACAUACAAUUGUCUGUUUAAUAGACAGUGAACAGAGCCCUCACUUUGAUCUAAGAGCAAAAAGUAAUUUAGCUGAAAAAGAGAGGUUGAUUUUCAAAUUCUGCUGACAUCCCUGUCACAUGUUAGUCAAGUUUUAUCUUCAAACAGCAUUAUAAGUGGACUUUAUAUUCUGUCUACUACUCUGCCCUGUGGUAAUUUGUAUCAUAUAUAUAUAUAUAUAUAUAAGGGACCAAAGUGGGAAAUGGUACCCCACUUGGUGAAUACUUGUGAGUGCAAUUUUCCUUUUUUUACUUGUAAAAUGUGUGCAAUUUUUGACCUGAACAUACUAUGUUAACUUGAUAGGAAAAUUGAGGAAGUGCGUAAGUAAAAACUAUUUAAAAUUUGAUGAAAUAAUGUGCAUUACUUCCAGUUGCCUUGAAUGUGUUAACCAAAUGCCAUUGGAAAAGAUUGGAAGAUUUCCAAAUAAUUUGUACCACAGUUGAAGAGGUGAACAUUUUAUGGGAAAACACAGCUGAAAUUAGACCUUGCAAAGAAUGUUGUGUAAUCAUUACCAAAAUAUCUCAGAGAUUGUUGAAUGUUAACUGCAUUUUAAGUCAUAGAACAGCAUUGAGGUAUAUUAUCAGCCAGCCAGGUACAGAAAACAUAUUAAGGAAAAUUAUGUUUUUAAGCCCACAUGGCUAAAAUCUGUCUUUGGUAUUAAUCCAAAUGAAGUGUGUAAAUAUUUUAAGUUAUGACUCGUUCCUGUUGGAAUGAAAAAUUGUAUUUUAACCUUGUUGUUUUUUUCA